AUGGCAUCUUCAACAACAGUCCUUUUCAUCCCUGGCGCGUGGCACAACCCUCGAUGUUUCGACCAAGUCAUUAAAUCGCUUCAAGCCGACGGCUACAAUACUGACGUUGUUCACUUGCCCUCUGUUGGCCCUGUUAUACCUCAUUCGAAUUUCUCAGAAGAUGUUUGUCAGAUCAGGAGGCAGAUCGAGAUGGCUGCCAACGCUGGUCAAAGAGUGGUGGUCGUGGUGCACUCGUACGGUGGAAUUCCAGGCUGUGAGGCAAUCCGCGACUUAGACUGGGGAACUCGCCAAAGCCAAGGUCAACCAGGGGGUGUGGUUCACCUUUUCUUCUGCUGUUCAUUUAUCGUCCCCGAGGGAAAAUCUCUGAUCAGUUCUUUCGGCGGUGAUGACCUUCCCUGGUUCCAAGUCUCGGACGAUCGUCUCAUUGUGACCCCGGCCACCCCCAGAGAAACUUUCUACAACGACAUGAGUGAGCCUGAUGCGAAAAGGGCUGUCGAAGCAUUGAAACCUCAUAGUUAUCAGACAUUUCAUAGCAACAUUACCUUUGAGGCUUGGAGACAUGUGUCUUCCACGUAUCUUUACUGUCUUAAAGAUGAGGCGAUCCCACUUUCAGUACAGAAAAUGAUGGUCGAGGAGGUCUCCAAAGGGGUCAAAAUCCAUACUGAUGUCUUGAAUGCAUCGCACAGUCCGUUUUAUACAGUGCCAGACCACAUGGCGACUGCUAUCAAAAAGGCUGCCAGUCGACGAACCUGA